CUUUCUUCUUCAACUAAUAACAACAUUUCCACAUUUCCACCACUCGUACAUAACUCGCCGGACUCACUGAGUCACAUCACAAUGGGGAACUGUACCUCCUCCGAUUCAACACGCGUUGCAACGGCGAAGCUUAUUCUCCAAGACGGAAGGUUACGAGAGUUUUCUUAUCCUGUCAAGGUUUCUUACCUCUUACAGGAGCAUCCGUCGUGUUUUAUAUGUAACUCCGACGAGAUGGAUUUCGACGAUGUUGUCACCGCCGUCGAUGAAAACCAAGUGUUGCAACUAGGACAGCUUUAUUUCGCUCUUCCGUUGAGUUGGUUGAGGCAACCGUUGCAGGCUCAGGAGAUGGCUGCAUUGGCCGUUAAAGCGAGUUCCGCUCUCAUGAAAAGUGGCGCUUCCUAUAAAUGCGGUUGUGGCGGGAAACAGAUUAUGUUCUCCGGUGAGUGUGACGCUAAGCGUGUUUCACCGGCUGGCGUUUCUGGCGGUGGUACUGUACAGAGAUCGAGAAGAGGAAGAAAUACAAGAAGCGGUAGUGCCGGUGUUGAGAAGUUUGCGGCGUUGUUGAGUUCGAUUCCGGAGUAGGGUUAGUUUCGGAAGAAGAUAGUUGGUGGUUAUUUUUAUUUUGUAGAUAUUUUAUUUUUGAGAUUUUUUUAUUUUUAUUUUUUGUGUAGAGUGGUUUUAGUGAACAAAAUGGAAGCAAUUUUAGAUUCUUUGGAGUUAGAUUGAAAUUUGGAUAUUCCGUUAA